ACUCAUAUCUACCUGAUCCAGAUGGAAUCUUGAUGGAAGUGAACUAACCCUCUCAGAUCUAUUGAUGAUGUCUUUCUAUUUUUCCAGGACACGCCAUGGAGAAACCCUCAAAGGAUCGUCUCACUUUAUCUCCACAUUGUAAAAUGGAAGAUGAGGACAUCACAGGAGAUUGUGGAGGAGAAAAGACAAUGAGCUCCACUAUGGAUGGAGGACUUCACAGCGUGGAUAGACCAUGGAAUCCCUCUGACUCUGAGCAACCUCGUACUGUGGGGGGUGGGGCCGGGAUUCAGGGGGAGAAGCCAUUUCCCUGUCCUGAGUGCGGAAAAAGCUUUAAGUCUGAAUUAGGUCUUACUGUGCACCAGAGAUCUCACACGGGGGAGGAGCUUCAUUCCUGCCCUGAGUGCGAAGAAUCUUUUUCACGGAAGUAUCUCCUUACCGUACAUCAAAGAACACACACGGGUGAGAAACUUCAUUCCUGCCCUGAGUGCAGGAAAUGUUUUCUUUAUGAAUCAGAACUGCUCACACAUCAGAAAUCUCACACGGGGGAGAAGCCAUAUUCCUGUGCCGAGUGCGGGAAACGUUUUUCACGAAAGUCCAAUCUUUCUGCGCAUCAGGCAUCGCGCACGGGUGAGGAACUGCAUUCCUGUCCUGAGUGCGGGAAACGUUUUUCAAAGCAGUGCGAUCUUUCUGUACAUCAGCGAUCGCACGCGGUUCAGAAUAAAUAUUCCUGCGCCGUGUGCGGAGAAAGAUUUUUCUAUAAAUCGGAACAGGUCAGACAUCAGAGGUCUCACAGGGGUGAGAAGCCGUUUUCCUGUCCCGAGUGCGGGAAAUGUUUCUCAGAGAAGUGCAAACUUUCAGCACAUCAGAGGUUGCACACGGGUGAGAAGUCUCAUUUCUGCCCUGAGUGUGGGAAAUGUUUUGUUUAUGAAUCGGAACUGGUCACACAUCAGAGAUCUCACUUAGGGGAGAAGCCGUUUUCCUGUUCUGAGUGCGGGAAAUGUUUUUCUAAGAAAAGCAAUUUUUCUGCACAUCAGAGAUUGCACACGGGGGAGAAGCUUCAUUCCUGUUCUGAGUGCGGGAAAUUUUUUCCUUAUGAAUCAGAUCUUGUCACACAUCAGAGGUCUCACACAGGUGAGAAGCCGUAUUCCUGCCCUGAGUGCGGGAAAUGUUUUACGCAGAAGUCUACACUUAACAAACACCAGAUAACGCAUGCAACCCUAGAGAAGGUUCAUUCCUGCCCUGAGUGCGGGAAAUGUUUUUUUUAUAAGUCGGAACUGGUCACCCAUCAGAGAUCUCACAUGGGGGAAAAGCCGCAUUCCUGUUCUGAGUGCGGGAAAUGUUUUUCAUGGAAGUACAGCCUUCAUGAGCAUCAGCGAUGCCACACGGGAGAGAAGCCGUUUAAGUGUUCCGAGUGCGGGAAAUGUUUUUCCAAGAAAAGCAAUUUUUCGAAACAUCAGAGAUUGCACCGGGGCGAGAGGCCUCAUUCCUGUGCCGAGUGCGGGAAAAGUUUUCCUUCUAAAUCGGAACUGAUCAGACAUCAGAGGUCUCACACGGGUGAGAAGCCGUUUUCCUGUCCUGAGUGCGGGAAAUGCUUUACGCAGAAGUGUUACCUUAUCAAACAUCAGAGAACCCACACAAACCUCGAGGUGUAUUAGUGUCAGGAGUGCGGGAAAUGUCUUCUUCCAGAACCGCAUUUGCGAGGUCAGGCACUGAUGUUGGACGAGAAGGCCUGGCUCGCUUUAAUUCAUCUGAAGGGUGUUCUUUCGGGUUCAGGUCAGGACUCUGUGCAGGCCAGUCAAGUUCCUCCACCCUAAACUCGCUCAUCCAUGUCUUUAUGGACCUUGCUU